CGGCGAGUAGUUACAUUCAUCACACAACCUCUACACAUAUACACACAUACAAUUUGUACUCAUGAAGCCUCGUUAGUUAUGUACCGGAUUUAGUCCUUUCUCAUCCAGGGCAUGUCUCUCUAUUUAUUAUUUCAGUGUUGUUCUACCCACCUAGCCACAUACCUAGUUAGCAAUCUGUAGGUUCGUGAUGAAUCGUCGCCGAUCCUACCCGACGAAAAUCAUGUUUUCCCGCUUCUCCUUUGAGUAACUCGUCCGACUCAGCUGAGGAACUUGUGAUAGUUCACUUUUGACCCCUCGUCCCCCCCUACUACCUGCAAGGCUCGCUAGCCUUGCACUUUCAUGCUCGCUUGCUUACCUGCUUAUUUGUCUGCCUGUUUAUUUGUCUGCCUGCCUCUGCCUUUCUGCCUGCCUGUCUCCUUACCUAUCUAGGUAGAUAGUAGCUACCUUAGUAGAUAUUAUUCACCCAUGGAUGUAUAAGAGUAUCGUAACCACCUAGUUCCAGUUGACUCUCUUCUUUCUUCAUUCUUAAUCAACUUCAAAGUAGUAGGCACCACCUAUUGUCCGAUUGACCCUUCCACUACUGUAAUUGCCGCUUAAUCAAGUUGCACAAUCCUUCCUCUGGCCUGGAGCUCGAGAGUCAUGUCUGUCGCCUCCUCUGCACCACCCUCCGAGGUAGCCUACCUGGACCAUGAUGUUGAAGAUCGUGCCGUAAUGGCGGAGGUACCAGUAACAUUACGUCGAGCCCCUAAGCAACCCAAACAGCAGACUCCUCAGGAAGCAAUCGAUGAGUUUUGGGCCAAGUUUACCACUAAAACUCCUGGGAAAGCAACUACCGUGAUCCCACAUAACGAAUAUGCUGAAAAGGCGGCGCAACGAUCUACAAAGGCCGUCGGUACAAACACGCAGACCUCGUACGAAGAAGCCGCUUCCAUAUGCAAGGCCAAAGUCGCCAAAAUCGUAAAGGAGUGCCGCCGAGUAAACCAAAAAUAUCGAGACCCGCACUUCGACCUCGAGUUCGAUCUAAAAUGGGUUGACAGUCAGGAUACCCUCGAGACGCUUUGCAAUACCAAAGAGAAACCCACCUCGUCCUUUAAACCCAAGAGUGUCAAGCGUGUUGUCGACAUAUUUGAUAACCCCAAGUUCUACAUCGAGGGCCCCACAGCAAAUGACGUUAGACAAGGCCGCGAUGGCGAUUGCUGGCUGCUUGCCGCUUUGUGCACCCUCAGUAACAAGCCUAGUUUGAUUGAGAGGCUGUGUGUAGCUCGCGACGAGCAGGUUGGCGUCUACGGCUUUGUCUUCCACCGUGACGGAGAGUGGAUUUCCGAGAUCAUCGAUGACAAGCUGUUUCUCACCAAGCCCGACUUUGACGAGAGCUUCCUCGAGCGUAUGUUGUGGGAAGACCGCGAAAGGAUCAACUCGGAGGAGCAAUACCGCAAAGCAUAUCAGAGCGGAUCCGGUGCCCUGUACUUUGCCCAGUGCGAACACGAGAACGAGACCUGGUUACCGUUGCUCGAAAAGGCGUAUGCCAAAGCGCACGGCGACUAUGCAGCAAUCGAAGGCGGCUUUACUGGAGAGGGUAUCGAGGAUCUCACCGGGGGGGUCACCUCGGAGCUCUAUACGACUGAUAUUUUGGAUAAGGAGUAUUUCUGGAAAGAGGAGCUCAUGAAAGUGAACGAUGAAUUUCUUUUUGGGUGCUCUACUGGCAUGUGGGGAAUUGGCUGGGGUGAGCGUAAAGGGAUUGUCGAACUACACGCCUAUUCCAUAAUGAAGGCCGUCGACAUAGAUGGCCAACGGCUUGUUCUCCUAAAGAACCCUUGGGGGAAGGGAGAAUGGAAGGGUGCUUGGAGUGACGGAUCUAAGGAGUGGACUGCGGAAUGGCUACUGAAGCUCAACCACCGCUUCGGCGAUGAUGGAAACUUCUGGAUCUCAUACGACGACCUGCUUCGGAAGUAUCAGGCCUUUGACCGGACCAGACUCUUCGGGCCGGAGUGGAAAGUCACCUCCCUGUGGACCACUCUCUCAGUUCCUUGGACACUGGAUUACCACGAUACCUACUUUACCUUCUCUCUAGCAAAGACUGGGCCAGUUGUUAUCGCCCUUUCCCAACUUGACGAUCGGUAUUAUCGUGGCCUAGAAGGACAGUACCAAUUCCAGUUAAAUUUUCGCUUGCACAAGAAUGGCCAGGAAGACUACGUUGUUCGCAGCAUCAGCCCAUAUUGCCAGAACCGUUCGGUAAACGUGGAGCUUGAACUGGAAGAAGGUGAAUAUACUGUCUUGCUAAAGAUCGACGCGACGCGCAACAUGGAUAUUCUACCGAUAGAACAGGUGGUUCGCAAUCACGCGCGAGAUCGUCGGGACAAGCUGGUAGCCGUCGGCAUGUCCUAUGACUUAGCUCACAGCAAAGGGAAAGUUAUCGAGACGCCCGAAGAAAAGCAAGCUCGAAAGGAGGCAGAAAAGCGGAAGAAGGACAAGGAACGCCGGGAGCUGAGAAAGAAAAUCAUGCAUGAUCAGCACCACCGACAUCACCUGCGCGUCAAAGAUCAUAAUAAACGUCAGGAGAAGAAGGCCAAGGCGAAAGCUAGAGCUCAAGCUAAGAAGGCGGCAAAGGCUGAAAAGGCGAAGGCUAGAGGAUCUACGGGGAAGGCAAACAAGCCCGAAAGGUCCUCAGGCCCAGAGGAAGAAAAGAAUGUUCAGGUCUUGUCUCCAAGCCAAACUCCGGAGCCUAAUGAUCCAAAGGGGUCAAGCUCUGAUGCCAACACUGAUCAAAACGUGGAUACCCCCUCUACGGGGUCUGAUAAAUCUUCUACCAAGGUAUCUCCAAAUACCGGGGAGCAGCCCACGGAAAUUGUCGAGGAGCCUAAGGAGUCGAAGCCAGAUGAGACGGAAGGAAGUAACGAUGAAUUAGCUACCGGAAAAUCAGAGGGUUCAACUCCCACAGUUGGCCCACCGAGCUCUGAAAAGCCUACCGCCAUUGCUAAGGAUACCGAAGGUGAGAAGGGUAAGCCAGAUGAUAAGAAUGAUAAGGCAUGCCAAUGCGAAGAUAUGGAGAGUGAGGCCGAGGAUGAAGACGAGGGAGGGGAUGAGUUCUCUGACGAGAGCGACGUCUCUUCUGUGUCGGAGAUCAGCGAACAAGCUCUAGACUAUGCGUUGGAACGCCGUGCUAAUGCCUCGCCUAUCCCGGCCCCUCCUCCGCCGCCGCCAUCUGGCCCGCCCGAAGAGCCGGACGAGUUUGAGAGCAACCCGUGGAAUGCAGUCGCUACGGUCGGUUUGCGCAUCUACCAUAAAGUUUCGGAAGAAGACAAGGACAAGGAGAUGGUGAAGCUACGAGUAGUGCGUCCGAACCCUUACGCGAAAGACGACAAGAAAAGGAAGGAUGGAGAAGCGGACGAGAAAGGAGAAGGGGACGGGGAUGGGGAUGGGGAAGAGGACAAGGACAAAGCAGAAGAACCGAACAACUCCAAGGGCCUGGACGUCGACGACAGCUCCAAAGAUGCUACGCUGGAGGGUAACCGCGAGCAGAGGAAGAAGAGCAUUAUGUCGCUGGUGCCUCCGACUAACUAACCUACCUACCUAAUGAACCUACCAACCUAAUGAUGCGAAAGGUUAUAUGGAAUUAUGAGUAACGAAGGUAUGUAUGUUAUUGUUAGUCUGUCACUUUUGAAAUUUUCCUAAAACCUCGCUGGCUGAGGCCAAGGGAUAGGAUACCCAAGUUUGCGUUCGUUCGUUCGGUUUUUUUUUGGCGAGCGGAUAAGGACGAAAAGGGGUACCAAAAGGGGGGUUAAUACUUAGGUACCUACAUUUGAAGUAUUAGCAGCCCAGUAAGUAACUUACCUAGGCAAUCAUCAUUAGAUAGCAUACCUACCUAGUUAUAGCAGCACUCAUUUCUUGUCUACCUACCUAAUUAAUACGAAGUCCCAG